UCUGUGUAAACAAACCUACAAAUUUUGUUGUUGUUAAUAAUUGAGAUUUCGUUUUGUACACUCUAAAUUUCUGUAAAUUAUUACUAGUUAAUGUAGAUUUAGCGCCAUAGAAACAAUUUGUUUUCAUUGUUGUUGCUACAGGUCCGGCUCGUGAGAAUCUUGAAUUUUAUGAUAAAUAUUGCGUAGUGUUUCGUUAUUUCGUUUCAAUUUGCGAUACAAUUUCAUAAUUUUUAAUUUCAUACAAGAUUUUUUUUCUCGUUAACAAUUUGAGGUAAGCUAAUUUUACAAUUAGUUAACAACCAGACAUAGAAAAAGUAUAUCUAUAAUCUUUAUACAAGCAAAACAAUUAUGGAAGUUAGUAUGCAAAAACACUUCGAAAGAAUGUAUCAAUUCUAUAAGCACAAAGAAUUUUGUGAUGUAACUUUGGUUACAGAUGAAGGCUUAAAAAUUGAAGCACACAGAAAUGUAUUGGCUUCUGCGAGUCAUGUGUUUUAUAAGAUGUUAAGUGGGCAUUUUAAAGAGAAAAACGAAAAUGAGAUUCUUAUAAAAGAAAUAGAUUCUACAAUUUUAGAAUUGGUGGUCGAAUUUGCAUAUACUUAUAAACUGGAUGUUAAAGAAAACAAUUGCGAGAAACUAUUGAUGGCUGCCGAAAUGUAUGAUGUAAGUGGUAUAAGAAAAUUGUGUUGCAAAUAUAUUAAAAAAAACAUAAAUCCUACAAAUUGUGUGCGUUUUAUGAAAAAGUCCAAAUUAAUAUCAGACAAAAAUAUUUACAAUUUUUGUUGGUCAUAUUUUUUGAAAUAUUUCUUUAUAAUUGUGACAUUGGAUCAAGCGUUAGAAACACUUUAUGACUUUGAGUUUGAUGAUGUUGUCGAGUUUAUUGCACGCGAUGAUUUAGUAAUUGAUUCUGAGGAAAAGAUAUUUGAUUUUAUUGUUGAUUGGAUACGAUAUAACACAGAUGAACGUAAUGGCUUUUUACCGAAUUUUAUGAAAUAUUUACGUUUACCUUCAAUUUCAAAAAAAGGACUACAAAGGAUUUAUAAUCAUCCAUUAGUGGGAAAUAAUACCAAUGUUAUGAGAGGAAUAUUAGACAAUAUCACCAAAACUUACAUCAAAUCAAAACCACCAGUUACUCUUGGAAGAUGUACUCAAGAAUCAUCAAAUAUUAUUUUUGCAAUUAAUGGUGAUUUAACCAGUGGCGGUUCCUCUGUGAAGUAUAUGGAUAUUAGAAACGAUAAUGACUUAAGAUGGAAAUCAAGCGAGCAUUUAUUUUUUUUGCCUCCCCGUAAAGAUACAACGAUGGUAGUCUCUGAAAAUGGGAUAAUACUUGCCAUUGGUGGUUUAAACGAGUCUGGUAGAUUGACCAAUCUUGUAGACGAGCUUGAUCUUAAGUCAGAAUCAAAACAAUGGGUUUCUACAAGGCCAUUGAACCGACCACGAAGAUCAUUUGGUGUUUGUACUUACAAACAGUACAUAUAUGUCGUGGGAGGCUGUGAUUACUCAAAUUGGAAAAGUUCGAAUUCUGUAGAAUACUAUAAUACAAAUUCAAAAGUAUGGACCGAAAUUACUGAACCAAUGCCCACUGCUCGCUCCGAGUGUAGUGCUGCAGUAUUUAAUAAUAAAUUAUAUGUUUUUGGUGGACGUAAUGAACAAAGUAGUUCUAAUCGUGGUUCUCUUGCAACUGUAGUAUGCUAUGACAUUGAAAAUAAACACUGGAAACAACUUAAACCAAUGCCCAAGUGUAAUUUGGGUAUGAGUUUAUCAAGAAUAGAUAACGUCAUUUAUCUCAUUGGUGGUAGUGCUGAUGAAUCAUGUGUACAACGAGUUAUGAAGUUUGACUUACAAAAUUUCAAAUUUGAUGAAAUGCCUAACAUGACCAUGGAUUGUAAAUUGGGUUGCGCAAGUGUUGUUAUCUUGAAAAACGACUUAUACGUGUUUGUGAAUAAUGGACGAGAACUUCAUUGUGAAAGAUUUGACAAAGAAAAAAAUCAAUGGCUAUUGGUUGACUCAUCAGAAAACUUAUUAUACUCAAUAUAUCAACCUAUCAUUACUUUUAAUAAUGUUACACUGAAUUAUUGUUAUGGUAUUCACCUAUAAUACUAUGUUUUUGUGUUAAUACCAUUUUGUGUACUCAAUUU